AUGGACUCGGAGCAGUGGUGGCCCCCACUGAGGCAUGAACCAGAUUUCAACCUGGAGGUCCCAGGAGGUGAGGCGGGCGCCGUGUGCCCGAGCGUCGAGCGCCGCCACCAGGCCGCUUCAGACGCCUCCAUCGGAGAUCCCCGUGCCCAUGGCGGCGCAGCGGGCCGCACCCUCCCUCCUGCAUCUCAUCCCGUCGCCGGGUCCUCCAGGAGCUCUGGGAGCCGCGGGGACGCUGCAUCCAAAUGGGUAGCAGCCAGGUUCGCCCAGGAGCCCCAGGAUCUGGUGGUGGUGGCCGGACAGCCCGUCACCCUGCCGUGCUCCAUCCCUGGGUACCAUGGUGUCGUGCUCUGGAUCAAGGAUGGCUUGGCCCUGGGUGUCGGAAGAGACCUUUCAGGCUACCCUCGCUACACGGUGGUGGGGGACCACAGCUCUGGCGAGCACCACCUCCGCAUCCAGCGCGUGGAGCUGAUGGACGACGCCGUGUUCGAGUGUCAGGCCAUCCAGGCGGCCAUGAGAUCUCGUCCAGCCCGCCUCACCGUUCUGGUACCUCCUGAGGACCCUGUUAUCAAUGGAGGACCGGUGGUGAGCCUGCGAGCUGGCGACCCCCUCAACCUGACCUGCCACGCUGAUAACGCCAAACCAGCUGCCUCCAUCAUCUGGAUACGCAAUGGAGAGGUCCUCAACGGAGCCAUGUACUCCAAGACGCUUCUCCGAGACGGUCGGCGAGAGAGCACUAUCAGCACACUGUACAUCUCGCCCUCCAACAUCGAAUCGGGACAACAGAUCAUCUGCCGGGCCUCAAACAAGGCCGUUCCCAAUGGCAAGGAGACCAGCGUCACCAUCGACAUCCAACAUUUGCCAUUGGUCAACCUGUCGGUGGAGCCACAGCCGGUGUUAGAAGGCAACCUUGUCAGAUUCCACUGCUCCGCCAAGGCCAAUCCUCCAGUAACUCACUACAGGUGGGCCAAAGGAGGCAGUAUAAUCAAAGAAGUAUCAGGCGACACCUACGAAGUCGUCGUUGAUCACUCGUUCUUCACCGAACCCGUCUCCUGUGAAGUGACCAACCCCCUGGGCAGCACAAAUAUCAGUCGCAAUGUGGAUGUCUACUUUGGGCCUCGCAUGGCCACUGAACCACAGUCGCUGCAGGUGGACCUGGGGUCUGACGCUGAGUUCAACUGUGCCUGGACGGGCAACCCCUCCCUCACCAUCGUCUGGAUGAAACGAGGAUCCGGAGUGGUCCUGAGCAACGAGAACAUCCUGACUCUGAAGGCGGUGAGGCAGGAGGACGCUGGGAAAUAUGUGUGCCGCGCCGUGGUCCCCAGGGUCGGCGCGGGCGAGAAAGAGGUCUCGCUCACGGUCAAUGGCCCUCCGACUAUCUCCAAGACCCAGACGAAACAGGAGCUUCACGGGGAGAAGGGACAGAUUCAGUGCUACAUAACCAGCACUCCUCCACCAGACCGCAUUGCCUGGUCCUGGAAGGAGACGGUGCUGGAGUCCGGCACGUCCGGCCGCUACACGGUGGAGACGGUGAGCACGGAGGACGGCGCCAUCUCCACGCUGACCAUGAGCAACAUCGUGCCCGCCGACUUCCAGACCAUCUACAACUGCACCGCCUGGAACAGCUUCGGCUCCGACACCGAGAUCAUCAGGCUUCAGGAACAAGCGUCCGUGCCGGUGGCGGUCAUUAUCGGGGUGGCCGUCGGGGCCUUCGUGGCCUUCAUCGUCCUCCUGGGGACCAUCGGGGCGUUCUGCUGCACGCGCGCCCAGAGGAACCUUAAAGGAGUGGUCUCAGCCAAGAACGACAUCCGUGUGGAGAUUGUUCACAAGGACCACAAUGCAGCCAGGGAAAAUGAGGAGCACGCUGCCAUGAAGCAGCUGAUGAUUGAGCGGGGCGAAUUUCAGCAGGAGUCUGUUUUGAAACAGCUGGAGGUUCUUCAGGAGGAGGAGAAAGAAUAUCAGCACAUUAAGGACCCGACCAACGGAUACUACAGCGUCAACACCUUCAAGGAGCACCACUCCACCCCGACCAUCACCCUGGCGAGCAACCAGCCCACGGAGAUCCGCACCCCGUCCACCUCCACCACCGUGGGCAAGCAGCGCGUGCCCACCGGCAUGUCCUUCACCAACAUCUACUCGACGCUGGGCGCGGGCCCCAACCGCCUGUACGACUACAGCCAGCGCUUCGUGCUGGGCAUGGGCAGCAGCUCCAUCGAGCUGUGCGAGCGCGAGUUCCAGCGCGGCUCGCUCAGCGACUCCAGCUCCUUCCUGGACACGCAGUGCGACAGCAGCGUGAGCAGCUACAGCAAGCAGGACGGCUACGUGCAGUUCGACAAGGACAGCAAGGCCUCGGCCUCGUCCUCCUCGCACUACUCGCAGUCGUCCUCGCAGAACUCGGACCUCACGCGGCCCCUGCAGAAGCGCAUGCAGACGCACGUCUGA